GGAUCGGACCUGAUAGUCAGUACUGGAUCAGACCUGAUAGUUGGUACUGGAUCAGACCUGAUAGUCAGUACUGGAUCAGACCUGAUGGUUGGUACUGGAUCGGACCUGAUAGUUGGUACUGGAUCGGACCUGAUAGUCAGUACUGGAUCAGACCUGAUGGUUGGUACUGGAUCAGACCUGAUAGUUGGUACUGGAUCAGACCUGAUAGUCAGUACUGGAUCAGACCUGAUGGUCGGUACUGGAUCAGACCUGAUAGUUGGUACUGGAUCAGACCUGAUAGUUGGUACUGGAUCAGACCUGAUAGUCGGUACUGGAUCAGACCUGAUAGUACUGGAUCGGACCUGAUAGUCAGUACUGGAUCAGACCUGAUAGUUGGUACUGGAUCGGACCUGAUAGUUAGUACUGGAUCAGACCUGAUGGUUGGUACUGGAUCAGACCUGAUAGUUGGUACUGGAUCAGACCUGAUAGUCAGUACUGGAUCAGACCUGAUGGUUGGUACUGGAUCAGACCUGAUAGUCAGUACUGGAUCAGACCUGAUAGUUGGUACUGGAUCAGACCUGAUAGUCAGUACUGGUUCAGACCUGAUGGUUGGUACUGGAUCAGACCUGAUAGUCAGUACUGGAUCAGACCUGAUAGUCAGUACUGGAUCAGACCUGAUAGUUGGUACUGGAUCGGACCUGAUAGACGGUACUGGAUCAGACCUGAUCGUCAGUACUGGAUUGGACCUGAUAGUCGGUACUGGAUCAGACCUGAUAGUUGGUACUGGAUCGGACCUGAUAGUCGGUACUGGAUCAGACCUGAUAGUUGGUACUGGAUCGGACCUGAUAGUCGGUACUGCAUCAGACCUGAUAGUCGGUACUGGAUCAGACCUGAUAGUACUGGGACCUGAUAGUCAGUACUGGAUCGGACCUGAUAGUUGGUACUACGUCAGGCCUAAAAGGUAUAUGAUAUGAUUCAAAGUUUCGUACCAGAUAAAACCCAAGGGUUUGUACCAAAUUAGUCCUCAGUAUCUGUUUUAGCAUCCAAGAUAUGUUCUCAAAAUCAAAUGGCAGAAAAACUAGUAUUAUAAUAUUUAUGUAUACGGCUGGUGAACCUCAUAAAAUACGAUUCUGCAAUCCUGAGUUGGUCACUUCCUCCAGAACCAUAUUCAGCGUGUUGCAUCUAUCAACUGUCUGAUCAAAAACGCUCGACUAUAUUGUGUAAGAGAGUAAAUGAGCUGUGUGCGUCAGUGCUAUGGAGAUGUCUACAGCAUUCCAACCAGUUGUUGAUUGAAUGUUAUGUUUUAAAUGUAUUUGACCACAGAUGUCCACAUUUUAUUUAUAAACUUCUGAAAAUACUGUUUCUAGAACUUGAGAGAUUACUACACAAAACCAUGAUUCUCAUUUUAAUUUCAUCCUCCAACCAAAUACCAGUAUGUAUACAAGUCUGUGUAGAUACUCUCAAGCUAGACAUCUAGAGGAGCUUGAAGUCCAGCAUUUCAGUUGGCCAAACUGAAGAAUAAGAACAAAUGGCAUCCAUCCUGUUUUGCUAAUAAAGUUGU